AGAGCGGGUAGGUGCCUGUGUCUUAUAGUACAGAUUUACCUUCUCUAACUAUCGUGUAAUUUCCAUUGAUUAUGUUCUGUAAACAGACGGGUGGUGAGCUCAAAGCUAGCAAGGCUGUAGGCCAAAGCAUAAUAAAGCACUGUGCAGUAGUGCGUCACGAGAUUUUUGCAUAGGGCUUAGUCAAGGCUUUUGGAACCGCCCUCAGUUGCACCUUGUGCUAUAUUAGUACUUCUCAGACAGGAAGAAUUUUCUUUUGCUGGCAUUGCUCAUCCGGUUACCUUCAGGAAGAUUGGAUAACCAAGAAAUGACUAAUCGAGAGUCUGCUGUACAUGUGAAAAUGAUGCCAGAGUUUCAGAAAAGUUCUGUUCGUAUCAAGAACCCUACAAGAGUAGAAGAAAUAAUCUGUGGUCUUAUCAAAGGCGGAGCCACCAAACUUCAGAUAAUAACAGACUUUGAUAUGACACUCAGUAGAUUUUCCUACAAAGGGAAAAGAUGCCCAACAUGUCAUAAUGUCAUUGACAACUGUAAACUGGUUACAGAUGAAUGCCGGAAAAAGCUAUUGCAACUAAAGGAAAAGUACUACGCUAUUGAAGUUGAUCCUGUUCUUACUGUAGAAGAGAAGUACCCUUAUAUGGUGGAAUGGUAUACUAAAUCACAUGGUUUGCUUGUUGAACAAGCUUUACCAAAAACUAAACUUAAAGAAAUUGUGGCAGAAUCUGAUGUUAUGCUCAAAGAAGGAUAUGAGAAUUUCUUCGAUAAGCUCCAGCAGCACAGUGUUCCGGUGUUCAUAUUUUCAGCUGGUAUCGGUGAUAUACUGGAGGAGGUUAUCCGUCAAGCUGGUGUUUAUCAUCCAAAUGUCAAAGUUGUAUCCAACUUCAUGGAUUUUGAUGAACAUGGGGUACUCAAAGGAUUUAAAGGAGAACUAAUUCACGUAUUUAACAAACAUGAUGGUGCCUUGAAGAAUACAGAAUAUUUCAAUCAACUAAAAGAUAACAGCAACAUAAUUCUUCUGGGAGAUUCCCAAGGAGACUUAAGAAUGGCAGAUGGAGUAGCCAAUGUUGAACACAUUCUGAAAAUUGGAUAUCUAAAUGAUAGAGUGGAUGAGCUUUUAGAAAAGUACAUGGACUCUUAUGAUAUUGUUCUAGUACAAGAUGAAUCAUUGGAGGUAGCCAACUCUAUUUUACAGAAAAUUCUAUAAACAAGCAUUCUUCAAGAAGACCUCUCUCCCAUGGGUGCAACUGAUGCAAGAACUGCUCAUCUGUUGUCUUGCUGAAAGACUCUUUAUUUAUAACACGUCCUGACUCUUGAAGUUUUCCUUUUACAUAACUGAAGUAUUUUCAGACAUGUUGAAUCCACCAACUGGAAGCUCCUUUUCUCUACCAUUCUCAACACACUCCUCAGUAUAUUUUUUAAUAGACUUAAAAAAAAAAAAAAAUCUUAAAGCCAAAAUUAGAAAAAUAACUCCCUACUUUUCCAAAGUGAAUUUUGUAGUUAAUGUUAUCAUGUUUUUGAGGAGUCUUUUUACACCAGGAAAGUUUGUAAGAAUUUAAAAAGACAUUUUAUGAAAUGGUGAAAUAAUGUACAUGAUUUUAAGUAUUGACAUUUUUUUGUAAUUUGGGUUAUUAUGCUGAUGGUUAUCACCAUCUCUUGAAAUUGUAUUAUGUUUGGUUAUUUUGUCUGGGGUAAAUCAAUAUUUACCAGAGGAGACCAGUACUUAGUGUUGGAAAAAUGUUGGUGUAUACAAUAUCACUGAUCUUUACAAAACAUUCUAUAUUGAAGCACUGAUAACAAACAUGAAAUGAAAAGCCUUUUUA